GGACUUUCCCUGGGAAAUCAGUCCUUCUCCUGGAAGAGAAGCUAGGCUUUGUGGUGAGAUAUUUAUAGCUGCAGCUGGUUAUCAUUUUUUUGCCCUCCAUUGUGCAAAUGAAGACUUUUGCAAGUGUGUUUUGUUAGCUCAGCAAGAUCCUUUGGAUUUUUUUUUUUAAAACAGGCAAUUAUAAAAUGAGGAUUUUCAUUUCUUUUGAGGGAUCUUUUGAACCUUUUGAUGUUGCAGCAGGGGACACAGUCCGAGCUGUAAAGCUGAUGAUAAAGGAUUAUUUCCAUAUUCCACUAUCUGAGGAUAAACAAGGCAAGAGGUACCUACAACUGAUGUAUGCUGGAGCUGUCCUAAAUGAUAACUGGAGUCUUGCUGAUGUAGGAAUAUCACUUGGUUCAAAUCUCAAGUGCUUGGUCAAGAAAGAAAACAAACCAACCCUCUACAUCUACAAUGCCGUAACUCAAGAAACAAUACCAAUAAUGGGAAACAUUUACCUCCUUGGUAAAAAAGUAUCCUAUCUGAAAACACUGAUAACACUGAGAUGUGGCUUUCCAGUGAGUAUCUUCUGUCUCCGGACUCCUCAAGGAAGGGAGAUGUAUGACUGUAACACACUGAUUGAUUACCAAACAGAUAUAGGAACAACUCUUCGCUUAGAUGUAUGGGAUGGAUGGAAAGAAUUUCUGACUGGUUGUCUCCAAGGACAAAAGCUUAAAGUCCAACGGUAUCUAUCAGAAGAGGAGCCAGUACUCAAGUACCAGAAGAGGGUAGCACUUUAUAUGGCUGCAUUUUAUGGCUACAUUGAGCUCACAGAGUGGACCCUACAGCAAGGAGUAAGGCCCAAUCAAGCAGUUGGCGUCCAUCCCUACCGAGAAUGGUGUCAUGAAACUUAUCAUCCCGAUACGAUGAAAUGUCCCAUUCACGUCGCUGCAGAAGCAGGCCAACUAUUGAUACUUAAGGCGUUCAUCAAUUACAAUGUCCUGUGCCUGGAUUGUAAAAAUGCAGCAGGACAGAUCCCACUGACCAUUGCCCUCAAACACAAGCAUAAAGACUGUGUAUUGUAUUUGGUGGCUAAGAUGGGGUCCAUGGUUUCUUAUUCUAAACUUUCAAUCCCCAUGAGGAUCUAUAUUAAAAUAAAACAAUGGAUUCUCAGAGCUCAGCAUCACAUCCUUCAAAGAAGACACCGCAACGGGGCCCAGAUGUUCAGAACUCGAGUUGGAGAUUUUGUCAUGGUGGAUGGCUUCACCCAACCAAACAUGACCUCCAAAGAAUGGAGUAAAGCUGGGAACAAGGGGAGAAAAAACAAAGUUUCCAGACGGUCGAGUUUCCACGAAAAAACCCAAAUCAGGAAAAGUGUGGAUCCUUUGACAGUUUCACAGCAGCAGAAAAGUGUGGGAAGCAUAAAACUGCCUCCGAUAAAAGAAACAAAUGAGUUUUCAAGAUUACAAGAACGUCACCUGAGCAACCAGAAGAAAAAGAUGACUAGGAAUAAGGAAGUGAGGAUGACCAAUCUGUACUCAGCCCAAGUUCCUCUUCCUUCACUUACUACUAGAAGUUAUUCACAUCCUCCGUUUUUCUACAUGACACCGGAGGCAGCACGUUUCCUAACUUCAUCCCUUGAAUCUUUCCUGGAACACAGUGGGAAGACUGCAAGAGAGAAUGCAAUCUACUGCUUAGCUACUGCAAGUGCAUUUAAAGAAAAACGAUGGCUUCAGCAGUUAGAAAUUGCAAAGACCAUGGCAAAGAAGAGCAUCUAUCAUCUAACUACCGAAGGCUGGACUUUGAAAUGAAAAUCUUCAGAAAGCUUUCCUUUGAGAAGAGAAACCCACAUUUAUUUGUGACUCUGUCAAAGUGCAGACAUAAUUCCUCAUUUCUAAUGCCAACAAACCUGAUGCAAAAGCAGGGAGGAAGGGCUCAUAAUUAGGUAGGAAGGGUUUAACAUUGAAUACUGUCAUCCCUGAAUGUUGGCAACUUGAAUCACCAAAUCAGACUCUCAGAUUUGGAAGGGAUGGCAGAGGUCAUGCAGUUCAACCACACCUGAACAAGAAUCUCCUUUGCCACUUGACAAGGGGUGAAGAAUUCCAGAAACGAGCAACUCCUCAGGUAGUCAAUUUCACUUUUAGAGAGUUCUUGUUAACAAGUUUUUCCUUAGAUUGAACUCAAAUCUGUCUCUUCAACCAAUUUUUCCUAUUUCUGACUUCUGAAGUGGAGAAAAUCUGGUCCCUCUCCCCACAUUAUAUCCUUUUAAUAUUUGGAGAUAGCUACCAAUCUGGGGGGAUUCUUUUUUCCAGUUGUUGAAUGCAGCUGGCCUUGCCUGACCUCAGAGCUAUGAAUUGCCUGAGAAUAAUUGAGACUAGUUAAAAGAUUAUAAAACCAGUUUUUUUAAAUGUUGAAAUGCUGACAUCAGAAGGGACUAGCUGAUUUUGAUCCCAACUGACCCUGUGAUUGGAGCAGAGCCAAACUGCUUUCUUCUUUGCUGCACCUGAACCCUGAGCCUGUAGUUCCCACCUGAUGUCACCCCUCUCCUCCAACCACCCUGACAUUCCCUAUGGACCUUUGAUUAUUAUGCAAAACUACUUAUACAACAGCUUCUCAAGCCUGUGCCUCCCAUGAGAUUCCCUCCCAGUUGAAAACCAUUUAAUCUUGGACAUCUAGGUGGUACAGUAGAUAAAGCAUCAGGCCUGGAUUCAGGAGGACCUUAGUUCAAAUCCGGCCUCAGAUACUUGAACCUUACUAGCUGUGUGACCC